AUGCCUCCAGUCGAUCAUCCAAAGAGGGACAAUAUGGGCACAGGUUCAGACUUGGGGCUAGGCGCAAAUUCAACAGCGCAUCCUCAGGGAUCCAAGCCCACUGUGCCUCCUGCAGCUCCAAGGACAUCCUCAUCCACGGCCCCCAAAGCCACGGCCUCCAACCGAACCUCCUCCUCUCCGAGGGACACAGUCAACGCGAUGCUCGUCCGAUGCAAGGGUGACUACGGCCCCCUAUGGCGGACAGUCACCAUCCCUUCGAACCACGCUAUCUUCAACAAUCCUGUCCCGCCAGUGCCAGCUUUGCUCGACUUCCCCAUCGUCGUCCACCAGCUCGGCCUCUUUAACACCGGGGUUCCUGGUUGUCUCGAUAACCAGUCCAUCACAUACAUUCAUAUCGACCCGAAGACUGGCUUUGCGCCCCCAGAGUGGCAGAGUAGGGUUGGUUCUGUGAUAGUCGCACGCAAAGACAAGAAAGAUCUCCCGCUAGAACACUAUGAGGCAAUCUGGAUGUACUGCGAUCGCAUCCUCGAUUACUUUGGAAACGGAUGGGGAGCACCCGAGCAUUGGUACAACCGACAAGAAUUUGAACGGUGGUUCGCGAUGUACCGACACAAUGAAGUGAUAAAUGGACGUCGGGAGUGGAUCUCAGUACCACCGUUGUACGAUGAGUAA